CGAUGUGGACAAACAUGGGAAAACAAAACCGGAUGGUACGAUUUAGGACCUGCUUGGAGCAAUCGGCGCCAAGAGCGGCGUCCGCAGGCUCCUCCUCCGCCUCCUCGAUUUCUCCGGCCACUUCUUGGCCUCCGCCGCCACCUUCGUAGAGUCCCCGGCGUUUCGAAUACUCCUCACCUCCGUUGUCCCCGACGACGCGCUAGCGGUGCUCCGGAAGUCCGAUCACGGUGGAGGGUGAAGAGUGCCGCACAACCCCGCCAGAACCUUGAGAAGAGAUAGGCAGUUUCUGCUCAUAUUUUGCUUGAAGGUGACAGAGAUAGCAUAUACGCACCGUGGUAGCCCGCGAGCUCCGUUUAUACUCUCGUGAUCCGAAACGCCUACUCUAAAAUCCUCAAAACCCCUUCUUUCUUUGGCGGCGCCUCUUCGCCACCGAUGGAAGUGGUGAUCGCCUCCUCCCCGGUCGACGUCGGCAUCGGUUGUUGGGACCUACGCUCGGGCUCCGAGCAGCUCCGGUACCGCUCGUGCUCCUCCGCUUCACGUGGCCUCUUCUCCAUAGUCGGCCGCUAUCUCGCUUCCUCGCAGCUCCGCGAUUCCCCUUCCUUCGCCUCUUGCCCCAUUUUCUUCUGGUCCUGGGAUAAGCCUCAGGUGGAAGUUAGGAGCUUCCCGGCUGAGCCGAUUGGACCGCUUGUUUCCAAUUCAGAAGGCACUUACAUCAUGGGAGGAGGACCAUCCGGCAUCAUCUACCAAUGGGAGAUAUGGAGCCUAUCUGAGGGUUUGUUAUUGAGGAGCAUUACGUUUCCUUCCAUAAUUGAUGCUAUUGUAAUUUGUCCUGGGGAGCAUGUGUUCUAUGCUGGUGGUCGAGAUGGCAAAAUAUAUAUUGCAGCGCUAAAUGCUGAAUGCAACCGCAAUAGCAUACACGGGAUGUUCAUCAUUGGUGCCUUAUAUGAUCACAGUAAGGCAAUAACAUGCCUAGCAUUUAGCACGGAUGGAGUUACUCUAGUGUCUGGGACUGAAGAUGGUAUUGUCAGAGUUUGGGAUACGAAAACCAAGCAUGUUACUCGUGUUUUGAAACAUGCGAAAGGUCCUAUCAACAAUGUUCUUAUAGUUAGACAGCCAUUACUUCGAAAUCCUAUAUCAGUGAACAGGAAGCAUUUGAAUUUGUCAUUGCCACCCCCACUGAGCAAGUAUGUUGAUUCUACAGAUGCAGAAGUUAAAACUAAUGCUAUUGUAUUGCUUCAGUCUCCUUGCCAUGAUCCAGAAGAAAUAAGAUUUUGCAGCUCAUAUGUGAUGGAGAGGCAAAUAAAAGAGCUUCAGGUAUCUUACUUAUCUAUGAUACCCAUUUUCUGCUGAAAGCGUUGAACUUACAAGAUGGCAGCUGGUGCUGCAUGCCAUCAAUGUUGAAAUGUUGAAGACAAUGAAACACAUAGGUGCCUUUUAUUUUCACUGGAACAGAAGAAGAGUUAUCACAAGGCAAAUGACAUUUCCAUGUAAUUUGGAAACCUCUUAUAAAUAUUGUACAAGCAGAGACUUUGGUAACACUAAAUUCUAUUAUAAAGAUCUACAUGCAAAAUUUUUACCA